UGCCUCAAAUCUUUUCGAGAAUCGAGGCAUUUCUGCAUGUUAUAAAAACCAUGCUUACCCAUUCACAAACACCAACCCAUCCGUUUUCCUCUCUUUUAAACCCUAAUUUUGCGUUCUCUUUCCCAAACGCACAACUUCUUCUUCUACCAUAUCUUCAAGGGAAAGUGUAGGAGAAACAAAAUGAACAGGCCAGGUGAUUGGAACUGUAGGUCAUGCAGCCACUUGAACUUCCAGAGGAGGGACUCGUGCCAGCGCUGUGGGGACCAACGUCCUGAUGGCCGAGGAAGCGGUGGCGGCAACGGUGACUUCGGAAGCUUUGGAGGGAGGUCAGGUGGGCCCUCCUUUGCUGGGGGAUUUGCGGGUCCUGAUGUUAGGCCUGGUGAUUGGUAUUGUAGCAUUGGCAACUGUGGGGCCCACAACUUUGCUAGUAGGUCUAGCUGCUUCAAGUGUGGAGCUUACAAGGAGGAAGCUGCCUCCGCUGAUAUGGGCCGCUCACGUGGAUUCUCCUUCGGUACCGGACUUGGCGGUGCCGGACUUGCCGUUGGUGGUCUUGGCGGUGGUGUACCUGGUGCUAGCGGCCGCUCUGGCUGGAAAUCCGGUGACUGGAUUUGCACUAGGUCGGGUUGCAACGAGCACAACUUCGCUAGCAGGACCGAGUGCUUCAGAUGCAGGGAACCAAGGGACUCUGGAAGUAACUCUGCAUACUAAACGCACCAUUUCACGUUAAUGCAUGCUACGGAAGUACGUGCGAGGACGAAGCUAAACGAAGAAUAUCAAGUUACUACAUAAGAGGGCCGAAAUUAAUCUACUUCGAAAUUUUAAAUUUCCCUCUAAAUUUUCCCUAUUUAAAUUUAAUUUUUAGGUUAAAAAUCGAGAUAAUUCAUGCUAAAAUUAGAAGUUUUAGACUUGAUGAGCUUAAUUAUUAAUUUUGUUACAUUUUGACGAGUUUAGUAUGAUAAUCUAUUUAGUUAGCUAGUUAUUUUGAUGGUCUAAGCUCAUCUCACUUAAAUUUGUCCCUUUUAUUUAUCUUUUCCCUUUUUCCGAUUUUUAUUUUAUUUUUGUUUUUAAUUCGGCGAGAGAGCCAAUCUCCCACCCAUUAUCUCUUUAUGUAGUAGUUGAUGUUCUACGAUGCAAUGAAAGUUGGAAUAUUUUUAGUAA